CAGAGGCCGCCAUCUAUAUUUACACAAAGCAUUCCAGUCCCCAACGCUGCGUUUGGAACUCUGAGAGUUCAAGGACAGCAUUACUGGGAAAAAUCACAGAAAAGUUGAGAACAGCUCCCCUUCACUUGUAUUGGAUGUCAUGGAGGGAGCAGAACCGGAGAAUUUAAGGAUUUGGAGUAGUCGAUUCAAGCUUUAAUGGAGUCUUUUAUCUGUUCUUUGUUCUUGUGGACUAAGAAGUCUUUGGAUAUGGGUCCUAUGUCUCUGUUGGGCUUCAUGGAUUGUCUGAAUCCUUGCUAAGUUUUUUUAUGGUGUCGCAUUCAGCCCCAUUGGGCACUCAUUGUAUGCCUCUGGUGCAAGUAAUCAUAUUUUCCAGACAUGAGAUUGAAAAAACAGAAGCGUCAUCGCAAAAUUGUGAGAUUCUACACAGCCUGCUUUGGUUUCAGACAGCCCUUUAAGGUCCUAUGCGAUGGAACUUUUGUACAUCACCUUAUUGUCAAUCAUAUCUCACCACCUGAUAAUGCCGUUUCAACUAUCCUUGGUGCCCCAGUGAAGCUCCUGACCACAAGAUGUGUUCUUGCAGAGUUGAAAAGCCUUGGUGACUCAUAUUCUGAAUCUCUCAAGGCUGCUGGCAAGCUUAUUGCUGCAAGAUGUGAUCAUGAGAGGAGGAAGAGUGCUGAGGCUUGCUUCAUUGAGAUUAUUGGAGAAAACAAUCCAGAGCACUUCUUUGUUGCUACUCAAGACACUGAUCUGCGCAAAAAGUUUCAGGAGAUACCAGGUGUUCCUGUUAUAUUUGGUCUCCGAAAUGCCCUCCUACUUGAGCCACCAUCUGUGUCUCAACGCCAGUUUGUCAAAUCCUCUGAAGAAGAACGCUUGCAUAUGACUGAGUUGGAACAUAAAUUGUUAAGUAAGAGGCAAAAGAACAGAUUGACAUCCAAGGAAAUGAAGGAUUCUUCUGAUGAAAAUGAAGCUCUAGAAGAUCAAAAUUUAGGGUUGCAGGCUGCAACAAAUGAAAAUAAUGCAAAAAGGAGAAUGGUUGUCAAGGAUAGAGUUCAAUUUAAGAGAAAUAAAGCUAAGGGUCCAAACCCUCUUUCUUGUAAGAAGAAAAAGAGUCAGAGGCAACCAAAUCUUGCCUCGGAGAAGGAAGACAAGGAUGCUGGCAAAACUGUGAGAAACAGUAGGAAAAGAAAGAGGUCACGCAAAGGCAAAAAGCUUCCAGAGACGGAUGGUUAAACAUGUUUUUAGCAAAUUGGAAAAGUUCGAAAAUUUUGGCUUUUAUAUGGAGUAAACAGGUCAGUCUGACUUUGCUUCCAGUGGCUAGAGCUAAAUAGUCACCAAGGUGGUGCAGCAGGUUCUCUUCAAAUGUUGUUUGGAUCUCUGGUGUUCAGGUUUUUUGAUUUGCCCACCAAAGAGUUGCAAGCCCUGACAUUACAGAACCUAAUGGAAACAUAUUACAUUUGAGUCCCCAUAGAUAUGGCAAUUCUUUUAUUUUCCCCUGCAUCCAUGCACAGGGUGGUCUUCUGUGUGUAGUGGGAACAUCUGGUAGGUUCUUUAUGAACCAUUGCUCUAAAACUUGGACAACUUAGAGACUCAAACCUGAUUGGUUUGUUAAUCUCUUGGUCCACAAUUCCAUCCCAAUACUGAGAAUCUCAGCUAGGUUUGUUAGGCUUUCAAUCAUGAAAUGUGUGAUCAGAACUUACAUAUAGUUGACUUCAAUAGAUUUCACUUCUUUUUUUUUU